GAUGAUGGCAUCUGGAGGUAUGAGGCAGGCAGCGAUGCUCCUGUUGGUGGCCCAGCUCGUCCUCUGCCGCGGCGGUGCUGCGGAUGCGGACCGGGAGACGGGGACAGUCAUCCCCGCGGAAAGUCGCCCUUGCGUCGACUGCCAUGCGUUUGAGUUCAUGCAGAGAGCCCUGCAGGAUCUCAAAAAGACUGCUUUCAACCUGGACGCCAGGACCGAGUCGCUGGUGCUGAGGGCGGAGAGGAGGGCGCUUUGUGACUGCAUGCCCAGCUCGCUUCGCUGAAUCCUCAGAAGGUCCACGACUCUUUCAAAACAGCAACUUUUGACUCCCAAGCCGCGGACACUUUAUUUUAAGCUCUUCCCAUAUCCAUAGACCAGUUUGCUUGGAAAUCUGAAACACAAAAGGUGGAUAUGAAUGAGCAGUUUGUGUUUGUUUUCAGUGAGAAGACUUGAGAGAAUCCACUCAUAUUUGUUGGGCUUUUUUUUAGCACAGUACUGUAGCAUGAAAUCACAGCACCUUUUUGUAAGCGUAAAGUGUAUGGAUAGAAUUUUAGGUGACGUAAAUAUUGACAAGCAUUUAUCCACAAAUGUGACAAGUGAAUAAGUUCUUGGUGGUGUAUACAGAAGGGGGGGGGGGGGGUCGGAAAAAUA